AUGAACACACUUCUGAUGACAUUAAGGGAAUACACAACUGGAGCACUUAAUAUAGUAAUUGGUGACAGUGCUAAUGUACAUUCUACAACGGCACUAAGAAUUAUAAGUGAAGUGUCGGGAAUCAUACCAACAAUGUCUUGUCAAUACAUAAAGUUUCCUUCUCAAUUAGAAGUACGCUCUGUUAUGGAUGGUUUCCACCACAAUUUAAUAAUAUGGGACAUUGUGGCUUGGUGGCCUGGCUCUGUGCAUGGUAGUACAAUAUUUCAUAAUUGCGCUCGAUGGGCACAGUCUGAAAAUGGUGAAAUACCAGUCAGUCACUUACUAGCAGAUAGUGGCUAUGCAUGCAAACCUUACUUAUUGCCACCACUUUCAAAUCCACAAAGUUUGGCAGAUCACCAAUAUAACAGGUCUGAUGUUACCACAAGGAAAACUGUGGAGAGACAAUAUGGUUUGUGGAAGAAGAGAUUCCCCAUUUUAUCUAUGGGAAUGAGGUGUAAUCCACAAAAGACAAUGGCAUUUAUAGUGAGUACGGCUGUCUUGCAUAAUAUUGCAAGGAGCACAAGCAAAGAAGAGCCACCAGAAGGUAUAGGAAUUAUGUGGCUGCUGAGGCUAUUAUGUAGUGAGAGGGGCCUCAAUAUUGACAAUAAUGAGCCAAUGCCUCCCUGUCAACAAAUGUAUCAUGAUGACACAUUACUAGGACGAGCAGAUCAUCGCACUAUAAUUGAUGAACAUUUUUACUGA